CAGAGGGAGGGCGCAGGCAACGGCCCUCUUCUGGAGGGAGGGGGGGGUGCUUAUUAUAACAACUAUAUACGCACAUGUGUGACCUGCUUGGCCGUACUAUAGGUCAUAUGUGGAUAAUAGUUAAUUUAAAAAAAAAAAAGAAAAAGAAAAAAAAACAUACAACGGCGACUUUCCAUUUAAAAUGCCUAUUUUAGUUUUCCUGUUAGACACGUCCGCCUCUAUGAAUCAGCGCACUUAUUUGGGUACGACGUAUCUGGACAUUGCUAAAGGCGCGGUUGAGGUCUUUAUGAAGCUGCGUGCCCGAGACCCGGCUAGUAGAGGCGACAGGUACAUGCUAGUUACAUUCGAUGAUCCACCAUACGGAGUGAAGGCAGGGUGGAAGGAGAACCAUGCCACCUUCAUGUGUGAGCUGAAGAACCUGCAAGCGUCUGGGCUGACGACAUUAGGCCAUGCUCUCCGCACAGCCUUUGACCUGCUUAACCUCAACCGCCUCGUCUCAGGCAUUGACAAUUAUGGACAGGGCCGUAACCCUUUCUUCCUUGAGCCAUCUGUAAUCAUCACUAUCACUGAUGGCAACAAACUCACACAUAACUCUGGGGUCCCAGAUGAGCUGCACCUGCCUCUGAACUCACCUCUGGCAGGGAGCGAGUUGACCAAAGAGCCCUUCCGCUGGGAUCAGAGGUUAUUCGCGCUGGUGCUUCGGCUUCCUGGAGCCGCUACUGCAGACAACGAGCAGCUUGGCAGCGUCCCCACCGAUGAGUCCGCCAUCACCCAAAUGUGUGAAGUCACAGGAGGGCGAUCCUACUGCGUCCGAACACAAAGAAUGCUGAAUCAGUGUCUUGAGUCUCUUGUCCAAAAAGUUCAAAGUGGCGUUGUCAUUAAUUUUGAGAAAACUGGGCCAGAUCCACCUCUUAUAGGGGAUGACAACUCAGUGGAGUCAAGCCGCUCUGUGUCGUCCUUCAGUCCACAGCUGUGGCACAGUUGCCACAAACUCAUCUAUGUGCGCCCCAACCCGAAAACGGGGGUGCCAGUUGGACAUUGGCCCAUACCAGAGUCUUUCUGGCCGGACCAGAACUCUCCUACACUUCCCCCUCGCACUGCCCAUCCUGUGGUGCGUUUCUCCUGUGUAGACUGUGAGCCAAUGGUGAUAGACAAGCUUCCAUUUGACAAAUACGAACUGGAGCCCUCGCCUCUCACCCAAUACAUUUUGGAAAGGAAGUCUCCACACAUGUGCUGGCAGGUGUUUGUUAGCAGCAGCGGGAAGCAAACCGACCUGGGCCAGCCUUUUGGUUACCUGAAAGCCAGUACCACUCUCACUUGUGUCAACCUCUUUGUCAUGCCUUAUAACUACCCAGUGCUCCUUCCACUCCUUGAUGACUUGUUCAAAGUGCACAAACUAAAACCAAACCUCAAGUGGCGACAAGCCUUGGAGAUGUACCUUAAAACGAUGCCUCCAUACUAUCUUUUGCCUUUAAAAAAGGCCCUAAGGAUGAUGGGGGCACCAAAUUUAAUUGGCGACAGCAUGGACUGUGGUCUGAGUUAUAGUGUCAUCUCUUAUCUGAAGAAGCUCAGCCAGCAGGCUAAAAUAGAGUCUGAGCGGUUAAUUGUAUCUGUGGGGAAGAAGGCGCCCCAGGAAACUGGCAUAAGGGUGAAGAACCACUCCAGCUCCUUGUCUCUGGCCCACCGGCAAGAUUUUAAGCAGCUACUACAUGGAAUCACAGGAGAAGGUCCACUUCGCAUGGUGGAUAUCAACUUCAAGGAGUUUUCCGGCUUUCAGAUCGCCCUGCUCAACAAAGAUGUUAAGCCUCAAGCUUACAGAAAUGCCUACGACAUCCCAAGAUGGAAUCUUCUGGAUCAGCUCACUCGAAUGCGCUCUAAUUUACUGCGGACUUCACAAAAACUAGUCAGAGGGCAGGAUGAAGAUUACCUGCAUAGUAUCCCAGUGGCUCAGAUGGGAAACUACCAGGAGUACCUGAAGAUGAUGCUGUCUCCUCUGAGAGAAAUCGACCCCGAUCAACCUAAACGAUUACACACCUUUGGGAAUCCUUUCAAGCAGGAUAAGAAGGGCAUGAUGAUCGAUGAGGCUGAUGAGUUUGUCUUGGGCCCUCAAAACAAAAAAAGGGCAAAUUCCAGUGACUCAAAUGCGGGUGCCACUCUGAAGAGAAGGCGGAGCAUGUCACCGUUACUACGGCGGCCCCAGACUGCACUAGUCAGCACCAACCACAUUCUGAUUGGAAAGAGUCCAGCUGGGGCUCAAGGGCAACAUAAUCUACUUAAAGUCAUCCCACAGCACAAAGGGCUGGUGAUCACUGAGAGCAAUGGUGAUGGCGUUUUUGGGCCUGAGUCGGGGGAGAAUUGGCCCAGUGAGGUGGACCCUGUGGUGGGUACCCAACCUUCUCUCAGCUUGCAGGGAAAAGCCACGCCAGAAGCAGUGGAUCGGGGGGAGGACAUAAACAUUGCCGAGGAGAAACCAGUGGUUCAAGAUGGUCUCGAGGAGCAUACAUUAGAGGAGAGAUACAACUGUGAGCGACUGAGUCCACAGAGCCAGUUGGAGAGCUCAGAUAGUGAGCCGGCUGUGCUGGAGACCAUAUUCAUACCGCCACUGGAUGGCAGCCAAGCAGAACUGCGGACGCGUGUGAUCAAGGAGGUCCGCAAACCUGGUCGAAACUUUGGGGCGAUACUAGAACUACUGCAGCUAGUAAAAGGACCGAUCAAUGUCCAGCGCUACUUUAUCCAACACGCCAUCAAAGAGGCCUCACGGUUCAAGAAGCAGAUGUUGAUCCAGCAGUUAGAGCUUACUCUCGCCGAGCUGGACGAAAAGCAUGGUACACCAUCACAACUUCCCAGUGAUCCUGCCAGUUAAGGAACAUCAAUUGAGCUGUGUGUAGCGAUGUAUAAUACAAUGAGAGGCCAAACAUAAGACAAGCAAAGGACAAAGGCGCUUCUAUGCGAAGGGUCCACAUGCGGUUACGUCACAUCCUGUUACAGGCCAAGGGGAGGCUUAUCUGCACGAUACAUUCAUUGGGGAUAAGUAGAAAGACUUUAUGAAUAUAAUCCUCUGCAUACUGACAGAUGAUAUCCACAAUCAUUCAGUAGACAAACACUCCACCAUACAGACAUUAAGCCAUAAAACAUCCUUAAAUGGCAGCACAGAUCUUUCUUCAGCUGGUCUGAAACGUGUUUCUGAGGCUUAAACCACUGUUUUAAAAACGAUGACGUGAGUGACCUCCCGUUUGUACUCCCACGACUGCUCUCUUUUCACCUCUGUUAGUGAGACGUGUGUAUCUAUAAUUCUAUGAUGUGAAAGCAAUAUAUACCAUAUGUACCGUUGAGGUUGGCAUUAUUGCUCCCUUAAAUUUGAAUUAUAUUGUCCGCAUAUCUUCCUAAAAGUCAAUGCAAAUGAACUAAUUUUGCACAAUUAGAAUAUUUUAUAAAAUGAAAAAGACAUCUCAGCAUCCAAAUAUUUAUUGUGCAACCUUUGGGGACAAUGCCUCAACAAUGACUCUGUUUAAUAUCCUGGUGCGCCUGCAUGUGUUAUUCGGACUAUUUUAGGGACACUUUGUGGUAUGGCUGAUUUGAGCUCACGCUGAAGGUUUUAAUGGGAUUUUGGUCGGGCAAGUUUUAAACAGUCCUUCUUAGCCGUGAGGUGUCUUCUAAAACGCACUUACUAAGCAGUCCAUGGUAAUCUGAUAGCUUUCAGUGCCAGAGAAAGCCAAAAGAAUUGACCUCACAAGAGACUCUCCACCAUAUUAUACGAAGGAUGGUGUUAUUUUACCCUCUCGUUUCGUGUAGUUGCCGAGAAACAAAAUCAACUCAAAUUCAUUCCGUUUGAACUUAUCAAUUACUUGUUUUGCAAAAGUAAUAUUGUACCCAUGAAAUCAGAAAGUAGCAGUUUUUUUUUAUCUGGAAAUUUUAUGAGCAAAUAAUUAUUAUUAUUAUUAUUUUUUUUUUACUUUUUAGGCUGUGAAACUUAUUGAUCAGUUUCAGACAAUGAAUAAAAUCUGCAAACUAUAUUUCAUAUUUAUUUCCAUUUUACAUCCUGAGAUGUUGAUGUUGAGGAACUUCCGUUUAUGCGCCGAUUAUACAAGAUUAGUUCAUUUGCAAUUAUUUCUAUUAUGAGUUUCUUCUCAAUUACGGUAGUGCUCAAAAGUUCAGAGGGGGUCAACCAUCCUGACAUGACUGACUGUAAAAGUUCACAAAUUAAUUUCACGUCAUCUUAAGGCGAUUAAAAAGUCUCCACCGGGGGAUGUUUUUAAUCGAAAUUGAGAUCAGUACUCACAUGCUGCAAAACAAAUGACAUGCAAUAGUGUUCUUAGAGACACAAAUGUUCUAAAGUGGUAAUGUAUCAGUGUUAGAGGAUGUACUGUAUGUUGACAAAAUGCAGAGAGGUCCGGCUCCUUUAUAGCAACAGAAUGUUUUCAUUCUUGCGUGCAGCUGUCCGUGUCCCUUGUGAACACGCACAUUUUACAAUGUCACUCUAUGGGAGAUUAUAAGAAGAUUGGAAGUCAUUUCUAGGAAAUUGACCAUAACCACUGACCUGAAAAUUACAUCUCUCAUUUUAAGUCCCUAAAAGUAGGCCAAGCUAUGAGCGCACACUUCUUCACCCAUUACAGGGGCUCCAUUGACAGGCAGUGUGACAAUUUCAUUUGAAGGAAUUUGUGCAUCGUUCAGUUCCUGCUCAGUGACGUGUCUAUGUGUCCUGCGACUGACUGGCGACCAGUUCAGGAUGUAGGCCGUCGGUCGCCCGAAGUCAGCUGGGAUAGGCUCGGGCGCCCCGCAACCCUGAACAGGAUAAGGAGCAUUUGAGAAUGGAUGGAUGAGAAUAGAUGGAAUUUGUGCAUCUGUGUUGCCUCUGUUGGCAGUUACAUCUGCUGCAAUGAUGACGUAACAACCCCCUCCUUGUUUUCAUGACCAAUGUACACUACUGUUUCAUGUUCAUAAGGAAGACUGAUUAUUUUUGUGAAUUUGUUCAUUUCAGAGGAAGACAAAUAUUUUGAAAGUCAAUUUUGUAAACUUAAGAGUUUUAUUGAAUUUUUGUACAAAACAAAUAAACCACCUUUAAAAUGGUAUCUACUGUUUCAAAGAAGUACAUGUCUACCUACCAAUGAAGUUACAUGCAUAUUUG